CACUGCUCCUUUCGGAAACAGCCUCUGACCAUCAUGAAGCUGAUUCGCUGGAAGUUGCCCGGGGGGGCGUGUCCGUCGCUCUAUUCGGAAUAACAGAAAAACAUAACCAAGCCGGGACUGAUAACAGUAGCUCGCCAGGAUGACGCAGGCCGAAAUCAAACUUUCUUCCCUCCUGCUGUGUGAGCAUUUUGGUGAGAUUGUGGAAAAGAUUGGGACGCACCUCAUCCGCAUGGGAAGCCAGCCAUUACGCAUGAUGGCUCACGACACUGGGAUGUCGCUCGACCAGGUUCGGAAGGCGCUAUGCGUGCUUAUCCAGCACAACCUGGUGACCUAUCAGCUGCAGAAGCGAGGCUUGGUGGAGUACGAAGCCCAGUGCAGCCGAGUGCUGCGGAUCCUUCGCUAUCCCCGGUACAUCUACACUGCCAAGACCCUCUACAGUGACACAGGUGAGCUGAUUGUGGAAGAGCUGCUGCUGAACGGCAAGAUGACCAUGAGCGCCGUGGUGAAGAAGGUGGCCGACCGGCUGACAGAAACGAUGGAAGAUGGAAAAACAAUGGACUACAGUGAAGUCUCCAGCACUUUUAUGCGUCUGGCAGACACUCACUUUGUUCAGAGAUGCCCGUCUGCCCCUGAGAACCUGGAGCCUUCAGAAGCCCUGCCUCCUCCCGUGCCCACACUGGUGUUCAACGAGAAGGAGAUGUACACAGUUCCACGGCUGAAUCUCGUAGGUGAGGGGACAUGUGAAGGAAGAGGAGACUCUGACAACGAAGAUGACUGUGAACACAAGGUGAAGCGGCAGAAACUAAGCACAGACAGCAACGAGCCCCCGCCUGAUGAUGGAAUCUACUGGCAGGUCAACAUUGACCGUUUCCAUCAACAUUUCCGAGAUCAAGUGAUCGUCAGUGCGGUGGCCAACAGGAUGGACCAGACAAGCAGUGAGAAAUGCUUGAUGCUGCGUGUGAGUGAGAUUACCACCUCCAGCGCCACCAUACACCCAGCCAGCUGUCUUCUUGAGAUAUUCCGGUCACUUCCAGCUGGUUACAACAUUUCCAAGCAGAUUCUUGACCAGUACCUCACCCUGUUAGCGGAUGAUCCGCUGGAGUUUGUUGGUUACGUGAUCAACCUUCACAAGGCCUUGGCAUCUCUGGCUACUGCGACACUGGAGUCAAUCGUUCAAGAAAGGUUUGGUUCCCGUUGUGCCCGAAUCUUCCGUCUCCUCCUGAGGAAGAAGCAUUUGGAACAGAAACAAAUAGAAGACUUUGCCAUGAUUCCUGCGAAAGAAGCCAAGGAAAUGAUGUACAAGAUGCUGUCAUCUAACGUUGUCACUUUGCAGGAAAUCCCCAAAACUCCUGAUCAUGCUCCUUCCCGGACCUUCUACCUGUACGCAGUCAAUGUGCUCUCCUCUGCUCGGCUGCUGCUCCAGCGUUGUCACAAGAGCGCAGCCAAUCUGAUUGAAAGACGACAGCACGAAACCAAAGAGAACAGGCGCCUGUUGGAGAAGUCCCAGCGGGUGGAGGCCAUCCUUGCUUCGAUGCAGGCCACGGGCGCAGAGGAGGCGCAACUGCAAGAGAUUGAGGAGAUGAUCACGGCCCCAGAGCGCCAGCAGCUGGAGAGCCUCAAGCACAACGUGAACAAGAUCGAUGCCAGCGAAAACCAAGUUGAUGAGACCAUUUUCCUCCUGGAGUCGUACAUCAACAGCACUGUGAAGCACUGAGCACCUUCCUGCCAACUGGGAAAAAAGACUUCAGGCAACUGAGAAAUGCAUCCCUCUCCUCUGCUGCAGAGGGCUAUUGGGUGGGGGAGACGCUUUCAGUCGCUGAUGGGCCUUUGUUUAUUGUAUGUUUACUUACAAGAACAUUUAAAUAAUUUAUUUGUUGAUACAACCAGUUUGGAGGGUGCAAGGGAAAAGUGAGGUGGAGGGAUUGUCCCAGGAGGCCCCACUGCAAGCCAAAAGUGUCUUCCUUAGUCCACCUUUUCGUGGCUCAGGGUCAUCCUCAAGGUGUCUGAGAAAUAGAACUAAGCAAUUUGUUCCGUCCUGAAUCAUUGGAAGUGAUGCGAAAACUUUUCAAUGCCUACCACUUAGUAUGUUUUUAACGCCUCUUCAGAAAAGGUUCUUAAAGUCGUAUUUCUAUAGCUUCAGCAUGUUGAGUCUGGGUAGAGAAAAGGGCUUUGGGGGACUGCAGGUAUUGGAAAGUCUUCUGCAGGUGAAUCAGUAGGAUUCAGUUUGACUUUCUGCUUCUGUUGUAGCUGAGGAGAGAAGUUUUGACUCUCGAAAAGUUACGUUCUGGAAACUUUUUUGUUUUUUUAAGAUGCCACUGGACUCGAAUCUUGCUAUUCUGCCGACCAACAUGACUACCUGCCUAAAACAGACUUUUUGCCUUAAUAUAGCUAACGCACCUCUUUCAAGAAUGGUCUCUGGUGUCUAGUACCUGUCGCUGGUAAAUUGCUGUCCUUGUAUUGUCCCUCUGUUGCCAACUUGGGAAGCUUGGAUGGGGCCUUUAACAACCAUUUGUAUGAGUUUAUCUGUUAGCCUCCCCAACCCCUGGGUCUGUGCAACUAAAACUUCUGAGUUGAAGUAGCUGCCAUUUCAUUCCUGGAGCACAGGCUUGCAGGUUUAUUAUUUUAAAAGUGUGUGUCGUCUCAUUCAAAAUUAAACAGCCAAAGCAGCUUAAAAACUGAGGGCCGCUUAGAAACAUCGAAAGCCUAAUCUACUCAAGCAGCGAUUGGCCCAUCACCAGAUCUUAUCACCAGUCAGACCUGUUCACAGGGGAGGAGGUGGUCUUUCAGGGAGCCCCCACCUUAGGUGGUUUAGGAUUUUAUAAGCCAAAACCAUCACUUGAAACUUGCAAAAACCUUUUAAUGUUUGUAAGACAUCUGUAGGAUGAGAACCAAUCAGUGGCUGAGCAGCUGUUGCAGUUCCUAAAUGUAAUCACACAGAGAACAUAAGAAUACAACAUAAGAAUGCAAUGUUGGAUCAGACCAAGCUCCGCCCAGUCCAGCAGUCUGUUCACCCGGUGGCCAACCAGGUGCCUCUAGGAAGCUCAUGAACAAGACGACUGCAGCAGCGUCAUCCUGCCAGUGUCCCACAGCACCUAAUAUAAGAGGUGUGCCCCUCUCAUACUUCAGAGAAUAGCUAUGCACCCUGACUAGUACUGAAUCUGUCUAGUAGCCAUGGUUAACCCUAUCCUCCAUGAACAUGUCCACUGCUUCCCAAAUUGGCAGCCGUCAUCACAUCCUGGGGCAGAGAGUUCCACAGUUCACCUACGCACUGUGUGAAGAAAUACUUUUGUCUGUUUUGAAUCUCACAUCCUUCAGCUUCAGCGGAUGACCCCGCGUUCUAGUAUUAGGGGGAGAAAAGCUUCUCCCUGUUUAUUCUCUCCACACCACGGUAUUGGUGAUCCAAUCUGGGUGCUUCCCAGGCAUGGAUGUGACAGGCAGAUAUCCUCUCUGUUCCAGGAGGGGGUUUGGUUGGUUAAAAGCACCUGGUCCCACCGAUGACACUUGAGCGUUCAUGGAAAAAGAGAUCUAAGAGCACCCCUGGUUUGUCAGCCUCUUGGGGGAGGAUAGAGGCUGGAGGGAAGUACACGCAUCAACCCAUAAACUUCACCUGUUUGCAGUUCAUAUUUAUAGCUCACAUUAUGCCCCUCAGAGUGAAUAGCCAAAUUCUAAUAAAAGCAAAAC